CACACACACACAUAAAAUUGUUAAGAACAAUAUCAUUUUUUCUUUCAACUAUAAUAUGUCAUAUUAAGAAACUAUCUGCAGUUUUCCCUUUCUGAAUAAUAUUUAAAUAUCAACAUUUUAAUGGAUACCUUCCUGGAACUACAUUGUCACAACUGCAAAUUGAAAACUUACCUUAAAUAAUAUCACUUUGCUAACAUGUUGAAAAUAAAUUUGCUUGUUUUAUUCCAUUUUCUAAAGUUAGGCAAUGACUAGUUGACAGGGAAUUUCAAAUUAUUUCACAUGGAAAGACCUGACUUUCGAAAACCUAUGUAUUAGGUUGGUGCAAAAGUUAUUGUGGUUUCUGCCAUUCGGUGGCAAAAACUGCCAUUACUUUUGCAUCAUCCUAGUAGUUAUCUUUAUUCAUGUUGAAUUGUUGAUACUUUCUAGAAGAGAAGCUCUUUUUUAGAGUUGAAAGUUUUAUAUAACUUCAUCUAUUCUCAACCUGAACUUUUAUUAUUUUUCAUCAUAUAUUAUGCAAAAUAUUAUGUCUUAUAAGUACGUGAAGUUUAUUAUGAGAUUUGAUGUUUGGCCCUACUCAUUAUGGACUUUUGGCUACUUGAUGUUAACCUUAAAAGCUGUAGUCACAAGUCAAGGUAUAAAAGAAAGAUAGCUUAGACAAGUGCAUGGAAUAGACUAGGCUUAAACUAACAAACUGGGCAUGCUGCAUGAGAAAGCUGAGCCCUCCAGGCUUAGCUGGAAAGUAGAAGGAGAAAAACUGGGAUGUGCCCCAUUGGUGCUGCGGAGGGGAGGAGGGAGUCAUUAGGGUUUCAGACCUUAGAGUACUAACUGUAAAGGUUUCUUUCCACAUAUUUAUCUGUUCCAUGCACAUUUGUGUGCUUAUUAGCUGCUAGGCUCUUGGGACAUUUUGGUGAAUAAGAAUGAUCCAGAACAUGCCUUCAAGAGUUUAUAGUCUACUGGAGGAGUCAUACAAACAAAUGGAUAAUAAUGGCAUACAUUAAAUAAUGAUAAAUUAACAAUGCUGCUACGACAAGAGGAUAAAGGAGAAUAUCUGAGAGACUCACCUGAGGAAAAUUUUUCUCUGCUCAGGUGACUUCAGUCAGAAGCAUAAAUGUGAAACCUAUAAAGAACUGUGGGGAGAGACAGCUGUCCUUAACGAGGGUGCAAGAUUGGGAAUUAAAGAGCCAGUACUGGCAGGUGGACCAGUAGACCAGGUGGCUGGAAUUCAGGGAGGGAGAGGACGGAGAUGAUGGUAGAGCUGAGACCAUGAGACUGGAAUGUGUAUAUUUAAAUCCUAAAAAAAGAAAGACUUUUUUUUUUUUUAAAGAAACAAAAUUAUACAGCUCCUUUUCCAAAUCUGUAAACAUCUUUAAGUCUCAAUAGUUUGUGUGUCAUAAUAAAACAAAAAUCUUUAAAACCCUUCAAAAGUCAAAUUUUUACAGAGACAUUUAAAAGAAAACGAACCCUUUCCCCAAAUCUACAACCUACAAGUUAAAUGCACUGACCCAUCAGAAUCUAUGUAAAGAACAAUUUUCUAAUAAAAGACUGCUUUAUCAUAAAAAGCAUCAUUCCAGGAAAUUUCCUUUAAUAUUCUUAUCUGUCACUGUCUUUAAAAGUCUUUUUUAAAUUAAAAAAUCUGAUGCUGAAAGCAGGAGAGAUCUAAAGUGAAUAUAUUUAAAUACAUGUGGAUGAUACACACAGGCAUGUUCCUCCCAGAUCUGCAGGAAGAAGAUGAAGCAACGUACGCAAUGAAUUAAAAUGCUUGUCACCUAGUGGAUUCCGGACAGAGGGCAGUCUUUAAGACCCAGCGAUAGUAUUUGUCUGGAGAGGAAAUGUUGCUUUUUGACAGAUGAGAGAAAUCCCCUCAGUGUCGGCUGUGGGAAGAGAGAAGCGAAGUCAGUCACCUGGUGGUGAAGGCCAGUAAAACAGCGAAGCAGGAGGAAAAUUUUUCUCUCCCUCUGUCUCUUUCUCUCCCUCUUUUCUCUCCGUAGGAUCCACCUCCUAUUCUCUCAACUCUUUUAGCAUAACCUUCAAAGGAGAACGUUCCCUUCUGACUUGAUUAUCUUCUUUUCCCCACUGAGAAAAUACCUCUCAGCUACAAGACAUAUUUUAAGUCUAUGCAGGACUUCGGGGAUUCUGUUAUCUUGCCAGGGAAAUUGAUCAUUGCUAAUGCCUGGGACUGGAGCUAAAUUAGCUACCAGAGUAAGCCUGACGGAGGAAGGCUUUUAUCAUACACUCUUCUCUUCAGUUUGAACACAUUUGCUUGAAAUUUGCCGCAUGAUGCUGACCAGGGAAGCAGCUUUUUUUCUCGGGAUGCAGCAAUUCGCUGGUUUCUAAGCUUAUUGCAGAAGAAGAAAUCUUAAAUAGAGUGGAUAUCUUUUUCCUUUUUUCUUUUGGCCCCUGUUUCAAUCGACUCAGCUGCGUUGCACCGCGGUACAGAUCACCUGUCACUAAAUCUUUGAGGAAGUAAAACAAAGUGAAUUAUUAUUAUUUAUUUAUUUUCCUUAUUUUUAACCCGGUGGAGGCGGCGUGACCACGAAGAAUGAGACUGAGAGGAGCUGCCGGGGCUUGGAGGAGGAUAAAGCUGAGUUUAAGCUGGAAACUAAAAGACUAGAUUGUGUUUGGGUGCCACUCGCCCGGUUCCUCUCCACUUCGUUUAGUUGCACUCCAUGGACAGAUCAACGAACCUGGACAUUGAGGAGCUCAAGAUGACACGAGAACAAUACAUACUAGCAACCCAACAGAAUAACCUCCCAAGGACUGAGAAUGCACAACUUUAUCCAGUGGGAAUUUAUGGAUGGCGAAAGAGGUGCUUAUACUUCUUUGUCCUUCUGCUGUUGGUUACCAUGAUAGUUAACUUAGCCAUGACAAUAUGGAUAUUGAAAGUUAUGAAUUUCACUGUGGAUGGUAUGGGAAAUCUGAGAGUCACCAAGAAGGGAAUCCGACUUGAAGGUAUAUCUGAGUUUCUACUUCCAUUGUAUGUGAAAGAAAUUCAUUCUCGAAAGGAUAGUCCACUGGUCUUACAGUCUGACAGGAAUGUAACAGUGAAUGCAAGAAAUCACAUGGGGCAGUUAACUGGACAGCUGACCAUAGGAGCUGAUGCUGUGGAAGCUCAGUGUAAGAGAUUUGAAGUGAGAGCCAGUGAAGAUGGCAGGGUGCUGUUUUCUGCAGAUGAAGAUGAGAUUACCAUUGGUGCUGAAAAGCUGAAAGUUACAGGCACUGAAGGAGCCGUAUUUGGGCACUCUGUGGAGACGCCGCACAUCAGAGCAGAGCCAUCCCAAGAUCUCAGGCUUGAAUCACCCACCAGAUCCUUGAUCAUGGAAGCUCCUCGUGGGGUCCAGGUGAGUGCUGCUGCAGGAGACUUCAAGGCCACCUGCAGGAAGGAGCUCCAUUUGCAGUCUACAGAAGGGGAGAUAUUUUUAAAUGCAGAGACAAUCAGGCUGGGAAAUCUACCAACUGGCUCCUUCUCAUCUUCUUCACCCAGCUCCUCAAGUUCUCGGCAGACAGUGUAUGAACUCUGCGUCUGCCCCAAUGGCAAACUGUACCUUUCUCCAGCAGGAGUAGGUUCCACUUGUCAGUCCAGUAGCAACAUCUGCUUGUGGAGCUGAAGUGACUGAUUUCUCCUCACACCAGAAUAGCCUUUUGUUCCUGUCCGUCUGCUUCACGGUUCUGCUCGGUUUCCCUUGUGAUCAGUCCAGAGCUUCUUUGAAUGGUCCACAGAGCUACUUCCAGUAUGAGCAGGGAUUCGCCACCACCUUCUCUUGUGAUUUACUGUACUGCUCAACGCAGAAGGUGUGAUUGACACAGCAAUGGAAAAAGCGUCGUCAGCAGGAAAACUGGAUCAAGACUUUUGCUCAAAAGGGAGAAUAACAUAGGUGCCUUUGCUACGCGAAGUGAAGCACACAGUUUUAGAUUUUUGCAGGAACUGGAUAUGAACUGCACAUAUACACAUUACAUAAAUGAAAUUCCCAGUAUCCAAUGGCAAGAUGAAAUGGUUAACCCUGUAAGAAAACUUAUUCUACAGUCUGAAAGCACAAUUUUCCAUUCAUCUUUUUGGAUGUAAACUUUUAUCCCCAACUUUUAAAAUUUUAAAGCAUUAUGUAAUGCUUGCUUUACUAAAACUUAAAUUCAAUACAUGGUUUUUAACAAAACAGAACAAAACAAAACAAUACAGAAUCUCUCCCUGA